GAUUAGAGUUGAGCCUCUUCCUCAAAAGUGCCUUCGGAGUUUUGAAGUUGUAGAUCCAAGCUAUCUCUUCCACUAUCCUCUUAAAUUUUCUUCCUCUUAAAUAUUACACGCAUAAAUAGAUAUGGAGGAGAUUCGCCGCGCUGCUGUAGCUUAUUAUGAGAAUCUGUCGGAGGAGAAGAAGCGAAAUGCCAGAUUUUCUUUCAAUGAAAUGGACAAAAACGGAGACGGGCAAAUUAACCUACAUGAAUACGUGGACUAUCUCAAGAAACAUAACAACACGGUUCUUAUUCUUCCAAGCUUGUUUACAGCGCUGGACAAGGACGGCAAUGGAAGCUUGGAUUUUGAGGAAACAAUCGUCUUGUACUACAUCAUGCAGAGUGGAAGAAAUUUAAUUUGCCAGUCUUGUAAUACUUUCUUGGCAGACGUAUACUUCAGCUGCUUUCAAUGUUUCUGUCUUGAUGAGUCACCUAGCACCUAUGAUCUUUGUUGUGAUUGUUAUGGUGGAAAAAGGUUCACUCACCACGAUGAUGCCAUCUUCUGGGAUAACUAUACUUUACUAAGUCAAAGCAGGAGCUUGGCACUUGAAGCUCCCGUACAGAAGCGAAGAAAUGUGCUUGAAAAAAUUGGAAUGAUAGUGCAAGUUACAGGCAUGGUUGUUGGUGGUGCUUGUCUUGUAUCAUCCUCUGGCUGCAGCAUUAUGUGAAAGAACGAAUGAUGCAUGUUAUCAUCGCCGUCUUUCAAUUUUAUUAGAAUGUUGUAAAGGGUGGAACUUGAACUGCUUGCCUAUGGAAGACUAUUAUUGAUGAAGUAAUGAAGAACUUCAUAUUAGAUCGAGCUUUU